AUGACAAACCCCAACAAGAUGAUCAUCAACUUGGCCCUCUUUGGCAUGACUCAGAGUGGAAAAAGUUCUGCUGGGAACAUUCUGCUGGGAAGCACUGACUUUCACAGCAGCUUUGCUCCAUGUUCUGUGACCAAAAAUUGCAACCUCAGCCGGAGUUGUCUCCUCCAUAACUUCAUGCGUCGAGGUGGGCAAGAGAUAACCCUGCAGGUCCAAGUGUUGGACACUCCAGGUUAUCCACACAGCAAGCUGAGCAAGAAGCAUGUGAAACAGGAGAUCAGGGAGGCCCUGGCACAUCACUUUGGGCAAGAGGGUCUCCACCUCGCACUGCUAGUCCAGAGAGCAGAUGUGCCUUUCUUCGGACAAGAAACACUUUACCCAGUCCAGAUGAUGCAGGAACUUCUGGGACAUGCUUGGAAGAAUUACACUGCCAUUCUUUUCACCCAUGCAGAAAAAAUAGAAGAGGCUGGAUUCAAUGAAGAUGGAUAUUUACAUGAGGCCUCUGAUAUGCUGCUAACUUUAUUAAAUUCUAUUCAGCAUAGAUAUCUUUUUCAGUAUCGAAAAGGCACCUCACUUAAUGAACAAAGAAUGAAGAUAUUAGAAAGAAUCAUGGAAUUUGUAAGAGAAAAUUGUUAUCAAGCUCUUACCUUUAAAUAA